AUGACUCGCUUUGGAUUCCUCUCUCUGGCACUCCUCUCUCUCCAGGCCUUCGUUGGCACCGGCUUUGCGGCUGAUGCUGAGAAGGUCGCGGAGGCUGAGGCACCUACCCUUGCUGUCAAGGCGGAGGCUUCGUUCCCGGCCUCUGAGAUCUUUGGCGUGAAGCUCGUCAAUGGUCACCCGACCCAGGCGCUGAUCGCUGUCACCAAUGAUGAGCCCCAUCCCGUCACCGUGAACUUUGUCGGUGGUAGCCUGUGGAGUCUUGACGAGCAGAGCAAGCCGCUUCGCAACCUGACUGCUACCCGCUAUGGUGUCGAAAUUCCUGCGGGUCAGAAAGAGAGCAUCAGCUACAGCUUUGCCACCGAGAUGCACCCCCAGGAUCUCCGCCUGAACAUUGCGGCGAUUCUGUCGGACAGCGAGGGUCAAUUCUUCACCGUUCAGGCCUUCAAUGGCACUGUGAGCGUGGUGGAACCCGAGACCAGCUUCUUCGAUCCCCAGAUCAUUUUCCUCUACUUCUUCCUCCUAUCCUGCUUUGUCGGCGUUGUCUACUUCUUCUACACUGUCUGGGUCGCUCCCUACUUCCCCCAGAAGCGCAAGGGUGGUAAGACUGGCGAGAAGAAGACUCCUGCUAAGCGCGAGCCCGUCGAGGAGAGCCCCAGCCCCGCCGUCGCCUCCGCUACCACUUAUAACGCAGACUGGAUCCCCGCCCACCACAUCAACCGUCCGGAGGCCCGGAAGGUCAAGGGCGCCGGCAAGUCCAAGGCCCGUCAGUAG